AUGGCGCUGUUCAGAAGAUUCUUUUACCGGAAGCCCCCAGAUCGACUUUUGGAGAUCUCUGAUAGAGUCUAUGUUUUUGAUUGCUGCUUCUCAACGGAUGUGUUGGAAGAAGAUGAGUAUAAAGAUUAUAUGGGGGGAAUUGUGGCUCAGCUACAAGAUCACUUUCCAGAUGCUUCCUUCACUGUGUUUAACUUUAAAGAAGGAAAUAAGAGCACCAAGAUUUCAGACAUACUAACAGACUAUGGCAUGACUGUGAUGGAAUACCCUCAGGAAUUUGAGGGUUGUCCACUUUUGCCAUUUGAGGUCAUUCAUCACUUCCUUCGAUCAAGUGAGAGCUGGUUGUCUGUGGUGGGGCAAAGAAAUGUGCUUUUGAUGCAUUGUGAAAGGGGAGGCUGGCAGGUUCUUGCAUUUAUGCUAGCAAGUCUUCUAUUGUACAGAAAACAAUACAAUGGUGAGCAGAAGACUCUUGAAAUGGUGUACAAGCAAGCUCCAAGAGAGCUUCUUUACUUAUUAUCCCCUAUAAACCCACAACCUUCUCAGUUGAGAUAUCUCCAGUACAUUUCCAAGAGAAAUUUGGGUCUUAGGUGGCCUCCAUCAGACACGCCCUUGCAUUUGGACUGUCUAAUUCUCAGAGACCUUCCCUUAUUUGACGAUGGAAAAGGUUGUCGCCCUCUUGUACGUGUUUAUGGCCAGGAUCCUUCUUCAACACCUUCCAAUGCAAAUAGUUCUAAGCUUCUCUUUCCAAAUAAUUUAAAGACCAAGAAAUUUGCUCGUCAUUACCAACAGGCAGAAUGUAUGCUCGUGAAAUUAGACAUCCGUUGUCGCGUUCAAGGGGAUAUUGUUCUUGAGUGCCUACAUUUGUAUGAUGAUCUCAUUCAUGAGGAGAUCAUGUUUAGAGUUAUGUUUCAUACUGCAUUUGUACGGUCAAAUAUUUUGAUGCUCAAUCGUGAAGAACUUGAUAUUUUGUGGGAAGCAAAGGACAAUUUCCCUAAGGACUUUAAAGCAGAGGUACUUUUUUUGGACGAUGAUGCUGUAAUACCUGAUAUAGCCACAACUGAUGAUGCUGAAGAUCCAAACGAGGCAGGGUAUGCUUCACCUGAGGAAUUCUAUGAGGUGGAAGAGAUCUUUAGCAAUGUAGUUGAUAUGCGGGAGGGUAAAGGGGAAUAUGAUUCUCCUGGGGUUCAUGAAAAUGCAGUGGAUGGUAGGAAUCAUAAAACAGUAUGGAAAGAGAACACGGAUCCUCAUACUUUUCAGGAUUGCGCAUCAAAUGAUGGGAUUCAUAAACAAGAUGGAAGGACAGAUUCUGUUAUUCAAGCAGUGAAAGAUAUUGUUGUUGAUGAUGUGAGGUGCAAAGUUGAUGGGAGCUUAGAUUCGAAUCCUCAUGCUGUGAAAGAUAUUGUUGUGGAUGAUGGGGAAAUUAAACUAACUUCUAUGGUAAAUUCUACUGAUAUAAUGCACAAUGGUGAAGCGAAGGAAGUCACUAUGGAUUUGCAUCGACAGCAAAAAGCUGAUAAGUCACUUCCACCUGUUGCAAGAAAACAACUAUCACCGAACUCAAAGCUAUCUGGAAGUGCAUUUGCAGCAAAGCAAAAGAAAUUACAAGAACAACAGGGUGGACAGGCAAAACUAGCGAAACCAAAUGCAAUAACUAGGUGGAUUCCCUCCAGCAAAACUAAUUAUACAAAUUCAAUGCACGUCUUGUAUCCAAGACUUAAUAUUGCUCUUGCAAAUUCCAACUCUCGAAAGGAGAAAGGAGCAGAUGCCAACAUGAAAAAUAAACAGAAAAUUCGGAAGCAAAGAUCUUUAGACUGCAUAAAUCGCUCUUCAUCAAACAAAUUAAAGAUUCACAAGCUAACCACUUCGAGAUCUUCAGACCGUCUAGCAGAAAUAGACACAGAAUGCUCACCAUUAUUGUUACCAUCAAUUGAAGAGACAUAUCUUCGAUUAGCAACUCAAGCAUUGGAAUUGAACUCAAACCAAGGUCCAGCAAUUUCUCCUCCCCUGCCUCCACCUCCACCUUCAUUUCAUGUUAUAAACUCUUCUUUACAGGUUUUUGAAUCCUCACCAUUACAAGAGGAUACACCCCCUCCAUCCACCUUAUUAUUGCCAUCUUCCUCUUUGUUUGGAAAUGUAUCUAUUCAACCGCUUCCUCCUGCUAUACAAAACAUUAAGAUGGAUAUAUCACAUGUAACUUCUCUUUCUCCACCUCCACCUCCUUCUUUACCGUCAUUUACGAGGCAAAUUAAAAGGGGUUCCAUACUUUCUCCACCUCUACAAGAGGCUGUUUAUUCAUCAAUUGUUGUUGACGGAAAGACUAGUGAUGCCCUACUAACCACCCUCGAAAGUGAAGCAUUAUUAUCAAAACUUUCAGCAGUACAAGUUUUUUCAUCUCCAUCUAUACAUCAUGUUAGUACUGCUCCAUUACCAUCUCAGCCUUCAUGUCCUUCAAUACCUUUGCCAACCUCACAUUUACCACCUUCAAGCAAUGUUCUAUCAUUACUCUCUGAGCCUCUGCCUCCAUCUUCUUUAAGUGAUGCUUUAUCACCCCUUCUGUCAACCUCAUCUUCACCUCCUUCAAGUGAUGUUCUGCCUCGUUUGGCUUCGUACAAAGCCUUUUCAGCUCCACCUUCAUGUCAUGUUAGUAAUGUUCCAUUACCAUCUUCACCUCCACCCACUUCAAGUAAUGCUCCAUCACCACCUCAACCUUCAUCUCCUUCAAUAACUUUGCCAACCUCACCUUUACCUCCUUCGAGCAAUGUCUUGUCACCACCACCUGAGCCUUUGUUUCCCCUUCCUUCAAGUGAUACUUUACCACCCGUUUCAUCAACCUCGCCUCUAUCUCCUUCAAGUGAUGUUCUACCUCGUUUGGCCUCUUAUAAAGCUUUUUCACCUCUACCUUCACGUCAUGUUAGUGAUGCUCUAUCACCAUCUUCACCUCCACCUGCUUCAAGUAAUGCUUCAUCACUAUCUCAACCUUUAUCCCCUUCUAUACCCUUGCCAACCUCACCUUUACCUCCUUUAAGCAAUGUUCUAUCACCACUACUUGAGCCUUUGCCUUUGCCUCCAAGUGAUGGCUUACCACCUUCCUUAUUAACCCUAUCUUCACCUUCUUCAAGUGAUGUUCUACCUCAUUUAGCCUCUUAUAAAGCUUUUUCGUCUCUACCUCCAUAUCAUGUUAGUAAUGUUGCACUACCAUCUUCACCUCCACCUUCUUCAAGUAAUACUCCAUCAUUACCUCAACCUCUAUCUCCUCUAAUAACUUUUCCAACCUCACCUUUACCUACUUUAAGCAAUGGUUCCUUACCAUUACCUAAGCCUUUGUCUCUGCCUCCUUUAAGAGAUAAUUUACCACCCCUUUUAUCAACCUCGCCUUUACAUCUUUCAAGUGAUGUUCUAACUUGUUUGACCUCUUAUAAAGCUUUUUCUUCUCCAAUUCCAUGUCAGUUCGAUAAUGCUUCAUCAUCAUCUUCACAAACAACCUUAUUAGAAGCCACAUCCCCUUUAUCUACCCCAUAUGGAGCCCCUCAAUUACAACCACCACCAAUGCUUGGAGUUUUACCUCCCCUACCUUUAUCACUUGAUAAAACAUCACCUCCACCACCACCACCACCACCACUGCCUUUACUGAGUAGAACAUUAUCUCUAUCAUUAUCACCUUCAUGUGAAGUCAUCCCACCACAAACACACCCCAUUUUAGCUCAACCUAACUUCCCUCCUCUAAGAGACUCACCUCCACCUCCACCUCCACCUCCACCUCCACCUCCACCUCCACCUCAGUCUUCACUUCUUCCUAUUGUUGAAGAUCCACUGCCAUCUCCACCUCCUUCUCAUAUUAAAACCUUACUUGCGCCUGCACCCCCAUCUCAUUCUACUAGACAAGGCUUACCUCCACUUUUUCCUCUUUCUAGUAAACAAGGUCCAUCUACACCUCCUCCCAAUAAAAAAAGCCUUCAUCCGCCUCUACUUCCUUCUACCAAAGAAGGCCCUCCUCCCCUUCCACCUCCUCUCAGUGAACAAGUCCUUCCUAUAUCUACGCCUCCUUCUCCUCUAAGUAAACAAAGCCCUCCUCCACCUCCCCCUCCCCCGCCCCCUCCUUUAAGUGAAAAGGGCCCUCCUCCACCUCCUCUUUUUCUAAGUGAAAAAGAUUGUCCUCCACGUCUACCUCCUGUAGUUAAACCAAGCCUUCCCCUACCUCCUCCACCCCCACCUCCUCCAGGCGGACAAUGCCCUCCUCCACCCCUACCUCCUCCAAGCGGACCAGGCCCUCCUCCUCCUCCGCCUCCUUUGAGUGGACCAAGUCUGCCUCUGCCUCCGCCUCUAUUAAGUGGGAAAGGCCCUCCUCCACCUCCGCUUCCUAAUAGUGGACAAGGCCCACCUCCACCUCCGCCUCCUGGAGCACAGGCUCCUAGUGCACCUACUCCUCCUGGAUUGCCAGGAGGUGCACCUCCACCGCCUGGAGCUGGUCCAAGUGGGAGAGGGCGUGGUCUUUCACGCCUUUCUGGAUCAACUGCUCGACGAUCAUCUUUAAAACCUCUAUAUUGGGGUAAAGUGUCAAAGGCAUUGCAAGGAAGUUUAUGGGAAGAAUUACAAAAACGUGGGCAGGCCCAAGUUGCACCAGAAUUUGAUGUUUCAGAGAUAGAGACCCUUUUCUCAGCAGUUGUUCCAAAAACUGCUGAUAAAUCUGUAGGACGUUGUAAAUCAGUUGGAUCCAAAUCUGACAAAGUCCACUUGAUUGAACUGAAGAGGGCCAAUAAUGUUGAAAUUAUGCUCACAAAGAUUAAGAUGCCACUUUCUGAAAUGAUGGCUGCAAUUCUAACUUUGGAUGAUACAGUAUUAGAUGUUGAUCAGGUUGAAAGUCUUGGUAAGUACUGUCCCACUAAAGAGGAGAUGGAACUUUUGAAGGGAUAUACUGGUGACUAUGAGAAUUUGGGAAGGUGUGAACAGUAUUUUUUGGAGCACAUGAAAGUUCCACGGGUGGAAGCAAAAUUAGGAGUUUUUUCUUUCAAGAUUCAGUUUAAUCAUCAGAUUGUAGAAUUUAAGAAAAGUUUAGGCACUGUGAACUCUGCUUGUGAAGAGGUCCGGAACUCUGACAAACUGAAGAAUAUUAUGCAGAAGAUUCUUUAUUUGGGGAAUACUCUGAAUCAAGGAACAGCUAGGGGAUCUGCUGUUGGAUUCAAGUUGGAUAGUCUUUUAAAGCUCAGUGAGACUCGUGCUUCUACUGGUAGGAUGACACUAAUGCAUUAUCUAUGUAAGGUCUUAGCUGAAAAGUCUCCUGCACUCCUUGAUUUUCACUUGGACCUUGUUAGCCUGGAAGUUGCUAGUAAGAUACAAUUAAAAGCAUUAGCAGAAGAGAUGGCGUCAAUUAAUAAGGGAUUACGAAAAGUUAAACAGGAGCUUGCUGCAUCUGAAAACGACGGCCCUUCAUCGGAAAGUUUCCGCAACACACUGAGAGAAUUUAUUGAAGGUGCUGAGUUAGAGGAGGCAUCUGUAACAACUCUAUAUUCUGUGGCGGGCAAAAAUGCAGAUGAUCUUGCAAGAUAUUUCAAUGAGGACCCUGCUCGUUACCCAUUUGAACAAGUAACUGCGACGCUAUUGAAUUUCAUGCGGUUGUUUCGGAAAGCACACGAAGAGAACAUAAAACAAGCAGAGUUGGAGAAGAAAAGAGCUGAGAAAGAGGCUGAAGAGAAGGCUAAGGCAGAUGCUGCUGCUGCUGCAUCCAAAGAAGUUUCGUAGCAUUGAGCAUUUCUCUUAUUCAUUGUAUUGUACAAAGCUCUAACCCAUCUUUCUUCGCUAGAAAAACCAAUUCUCUUAUCUGUAUAACGUAGAAAUUAGUUUCUUUUUCUUCCAUAGAUAGGACACACACACCAACAUAAAGAUGUUGUAUAGGUGACAGACAGAAAGACAGGUCAGCAGGACUUAGAAAUUAGGCACUGUAAUCUGUAUUUAAUUUGUAACUGUAAUGUAAG